CUGAUGCCCUGCGGCUUCCGGCUAUAACGAGCAAGCCCCGACGUUCCUCACCACAACGGCGACUCGAGUCUACCAGUAGAGGCAACCGCGCACGCGUUCUCCCGUGCACUGCACUUACCGCGACGCGGCUUUCUAGUAUUCAAGGCGAGCAGCAGCUGCAGCGCACGCCCAUCUCCACUGGUGCCCCCGCAUCGAGUAGUGCGACUCGUCGGGCGGAAGUAGAGGCUGACUCAACAUUUGAUGGCGUUUUCUUUCCCCUCCUCAGGUAGUUCGAAAAACCAGACGUCGCCACACCAUCGGUGCACGCUCGCCAGCAGACAAACUUCCGCGGACGAUGCGGGGCUGUGGGACGCACAGCAGGACGGCAGUCCAGCGGCUUCCGAC